AUGGGCAAGCAGGGCAAAGGCAAGCUCAGGACUGCCCUUGCGAACCACCAGGCGCGGUCGCACCAGCGCCAGCAGGAGAAGCAGCGUUCUGAAGCGCUGGAGCAUGCGCAGAAGCGCAAGAUGGCGUCGAUGGGCGGGCGCCCCAGGUCGCACAAGCCCAAGCACGUCGCGCCUUUCCAAAAAGACGACUCGAUUCUGCUCGUCGGCGAGGGCAACUUUUCGUUCACGCUCGCGUUGCUAAGCGAGCCGCACUGUCACCCGCCCCACCAGAUCCUUGCGACGAGCUUUGACACAGAAGAGGAGGUGUGCGCAAAAUACCCCGACGCCCGCGACAUCCUCGCGCAGAUCCGCGCCAAGGCGGGCGCCAAUGCACAGAAUAUCCUUGCGUUUGGCGUGGACGCAGGUGCACUGGAAAAGUGCAGCAAGCUUGCCGGGGGACCGGGCGUGUCGCCCCGCCGCUGGAGCAAGGUGUGGUUCGGCUUUCCGCACGUCGGCGCCGGGCACAAGGACGAGCAGCGCAACGUGCUUGCCAACCAGCUCCUUAUCCUGCGCUUCCUCGUGUCUGUCGCGCCCUACCUUACGCGCGGCCCCGUGCCCGCGUAUGCUGCGAACGAAAAGCGCAAGCCGCGGCACGACAGCGACGACGAGAGCGGCGACGAGGUCGACGACGAGACCGCCGCGUUCCUCGCGUCGAUUCCCGAGGCGGACGACGAGCGCCCCCUCACGCCGCCUGCGCGACAGGGCUCUGUUCUGAUUACGCUGCGCAACGUGCCCCCGUAUACGCUGUGGAAUGUGCCGAUGCUCGCGCGGCGCCUGCGCAGCGUCGUCGGCCCGAUUGCGUCGUCGGCGCCUGCGCUGCCGAAGCACAUGCACGCGCCAACGGUCGCCGACGUGGACCGUGUCGGUGCGUCGUACAUUGUGUGGCGCAGCUUCGAGUUCCACCCUGCGGACUGGAAGGCGUAUAGUCACCGGCGCACGGUCGGCUGGAUCGACGGCGUGAGCACCUCGCAGAACGAGGACCUGCUGCGGCGCCCCAACCUCGCGCCGCAGCAUGGCAAGCACGUCGGCACCGGCGAGUGCCGGACAUGGGAGGUGGCGUUGCAAACGUAG